CAGUCACAAAAGUUAAGCUGCAAAAUUCAUUGGCAUUGACUUAAAAGUUGCAGAGAUGAGGUACAGUGCACAUUUUAGUCAUGAGGUUUUUUUCUUCUCAUCUCAAGAAAAUUAUUUACUAGUUUUUAUUUUUUCCUCACCAGCAAUGGAUUAUGAGUAUUACAACACAACAGACUACGAUUAUUGGAAUAUAACCAACACAACAGACUACGAUUAUUGGAAUAUAACCAACACCACAGAUGACCUGACCUCUGGCUGGUGUGAGGCUGGUGAGCAGGAGCUCACCAUCAAAAUGUUCCAGUCUUGUGUUUUCUGCCUGAUCUUCCUGCUGGGCAUGGUGGGAAACUGCCUUGUGAUUGCCACCUUUGCUCUGUACCGCCGCCUCAAGCUUCGCUCCAUGACUGACGUCUUCUUGUUCCACCUGGCGCUGGCGGACCUCCUCCUGCUCCUCACGCUCCCAUUACAGGCUGUUGACACUCACCGGGGUUGGAUCUUCUCUGGUCCUCUCUGCAAGGCCACACGUGCAUGCUAUGCUAUCAACACCUACAGUGGACUUCUGCUGCUGGCCUGCAUCAGCGUUGACCGUUAUUUAGUGGUGGCACGAGCCCAGGAGAUGCUUCGUCUGCGCUCUCAGAUACUAACAGGCGGGAAAGUAUCUGCUGUAGGUGUGUGGUUUGCUGCAGUGCUCCUCAGCCUACCUGAAAUCCUCUACUCUGGGGUAUCAUGGUCCGGCAGAGAGGCCAACUGCGUUAUGCAGACGAGUGGGAUAGCCAAAAUGGCCACCUACGGAGCACUCAUUGGUGUCUUCUGCUUGUCCUUCUUCAUUAUGUUGACAUGCUAUUCUUUGAUUGCUGGAGUGCUGCGUGAAGGGAAUGCACACCGGCGAGGGAAGCAGUGGCAUCGGCAGCGCACCUUGAAGCUGAUGGUUGCUCUGGUGUUGGUUUUUCUGGUGUUCCAGCUGCCGUACACUGUGGUGCUGUCUCUUAAAAUGGCAGGGCAGUUCUGCGGUCUUCUCGUAGAGUACAUCACCUGCACUUUGGCGUACACCCGCUGUUGCCUUAACCCCAUCCUGUACGCCCUGGUGGGAGUGCGCUUUCGUAAUGAUGUGCUGAGGCUCAUCCAUGAUUCAAGGUGCCCAGGUGGGUUGAAACCGGUGCCACAGGCACUGAGCUCCACCUCCGUGCCUGCCUCUUCACCUGCUCUCACCGUGCUCUCAGUUUGCUCUCCAGCAGCCCCUGAACGUAAUUACUCCAGCAGUGAGACAGCGUCUCCCACCCACUUUCAUUUUCCAGGAGACAAGUAGCCUGAUGUCUUAUGGAGAGGACUGUAAAGCGAGCAGACCUCUUUGCUUUGUUUAUUAUGUACAUGUACUAUAGACGUGCUUUAAAAGAUAUACAGUAUUCAGAUAUUUUACUUCAGUGAAAGAAGCAGUACCACAGUAUAGAAAUACUCUGUUACACAGUGGUGGAAGAAGUACUUGGAUAGUUAA